GACUUCGAAAUUAGCAGGUCCCCAGUCAUUCGACACAGAUCAUCUACGUCGACGAUCUACAAUAGUUACUCAUAAUACCCUUACCAUGGCUUUUAAGCUUGUCUCAGUACCGAUAUUGUAUUUACAAUAGGUAUUCAACAGCCCUUUGGAAUACCAUGUAACAACGUCGAACAACAUAAUAAUUUGUACACACUGCACUUAGGUCGACUGAAAAUUAAGGAGACUACCGUAGCAUUUAGAGGGUAUAAUGCAAGUGCAGUCAGAACUCAUCGGUUAAUGAAAAGGAAAGACUUAAUACAAUCCUGUUAUUGAAUUUAGUUGGAGAUGCGUUACAUAGGUUGAGAGGCUGAAAAAGGCGCGAACUUUAACUUGGAUCAGUCAAGUGGCCAUAGCUACUCAGCACGUUAGUUCAUUUAGGUUUGUGUGGUACAAUAGACGUGUAUUUCUUUCUUAUUAUGGACUCAUUUCGCAAGAAGAAAAAUAGCAUUUGAUGUGUUAUAACGUGCAAGAACCUCUGGUUAAAUGUAUCGCGCUAACGCGACGAUCUGUCCUGUGAAAUGAUAGUUUGGGCGAGUAUUGCUAAUUAUGGUGAGAUCUUUCUUUUCUGUACUUGCAGUGAGUAAUAACCAGGAGAGUUGUUCAUUAAAAUGACUUGAUUAUGAGUUGAUUUGUUGCCAAGUUUUUAUGCAGUAUCAGUAUGUCUUCAGUAACAAGGAUAGUAGGUUGGUAGACACUUGUCAAUCAUUGUAGCAUAUUUACCAGAGAAAAUCCAACUUCUCCUUAAAAGUGUUCACUGGUUUGGCUGGUACUAGUUCUUAGGGUAAGGCCUUUCAGUCAUUUAACCACCCGGUGAGAAAAGCGCAACCCCACCUUGAGUGUUUCAGAUCACAGUUCCGAAUCUUCUUGCUAUGGCAUCAAAAAUAACUUGUUCCGAAAAGCGAAAAAAGAUUGGACUUGUUGGCACCGAGAUGAUUGAUAAUAUAGGGUGUCAAUAUAAAGUCAUUUCGAGUUCUACGAUUAGAGGAAAACCGUCGAACGUUUAGGCGUUCAUCGUUGGAUUUUGAAAAAACCGACUUCUGACCUUGUUCCCAAACACUGAACACGCUCGAGUGUGUCGGUAACGUUCGUAAGACAUGAACCAAGUGGUUGGAUCCUGUAGUACAACGGUGGUUUUACUUUGGUGGUGUAAAUUCGUAAGACCUUGUCAAAGCAUUUGAGCGUCCAGGCAAGUGACCAUGUUGCUUGUAAACAGCUACUGCAUCACUCACAUCCGGACUCUCUCAAUAAUGAUACUUCGUUGGAAGUUUACCGGGGCGAGGAACCUCGAUAAUUUGUAUGUUCAGCUUAUAUCGGUGCCCGCAAUUGUCUUUCUUCAAACCAUGUUUAUUUGUCACUUGUAUCUGCAAACUCUUUCACUUCGUUUGGUGUUCAAGGCAAUACUAAUACUUCGCAGGAAUCCUCCCAUGGUCUCAUUAAACAGGAGUCAGUAACUCGAUAGAGAAACUGGCGGCCAUCGUCAUACUUCGGUUAGAUCGCGAAUUAAGACCUUUCAGUUUCUCGUAUGGCUCCUUCAAACCGUAUAAGGGUCUAGGCACGUAGUUUUCCUGUUCAUUACAUUAUGUGAACACUAGUGUUUAGUUCUGUUUUUUUUGUGUCACAAAAUACUUACGUCUUUUUCACAUCCUAUGUUUAUGUUUCAUCCUACAUACACUAGAUUUGGCUGUCGUUUUUACAACUUCUAGGGGUUUGACACGUCCCAUAUUCAUCUGCUGGAAAUAAUUCUUCAGGCGACUCGUGAAUCUGUUCUCUAAUCAUGCCGAAACCACCGUUUAAAGUUGCCGACAUCAGUUUAGCGGAUUGGGGUAGAAAGGAAAUCAAGUUAGCAGAGAAUGAAAUGCCAGGGCUUAUUAUGAUGAGGCAAAUGUAUGGCAAAGAAAAGCCACUCACUGGAGCUAGGAUUGCUGGAUGUCUUCAUAUGACUGUUCAGACUGCAGUUUUAAUUGAAACCUUAGUCGAACUGGGAGCAUCGGUUCAAUGGUCAUCCUGCAACAUUUUUAGCACACAAGACCAUGCUGCCGCAGCCAUUGCAAAGACAGGCGUUCCAGUUUACGCGUGGAAAGGUGAAACCGAUGAGGAGUACACUUGGUGUAUAGAGCAAACUUUAAUAUUUCCUGAUGGUUUACCUUUAAACAUGGUGUUAGACGAUGGUGGUGAUCUUACAUCUCUUGUUCACGAGAAACAUCCUGAAUAUCUUGAAGGCAUAAGAGGCAUAACAGAGGAAACCACAACUGGUGUUCGGAAUCUUUAUAAGAUGUUUUCCAGUGGUCGACUAAAAUGUCCGGCCAUCAACGUUAACGACUCUGUUACUAAGAGCAAAUUCGACAAUCUCUAUGGUUGCCGUGAAUCGUUGGUUGAUGGAUUAAAAAGAGCCACUGACAUCAUGCUUGCAGGAAAGGUAGCAUUAGUCGCAGGUUAUGGAGAUGUUGGUAAAGGGUGUUCUCAAGCUCUUCGUUCUUAUGGCGCGCGUGUACUUAUAACAGAAGCCGAUCCAAUCAAUGCUUUACAGGCUGUUAUGGAGGGUUACGAAGUAACAACAAUGGAAGAUGGUGCGAAAAGAGCGAAGAUAUUUGUUACUGCCACUGGUUGUGUAGAUAUAAUUUCUGGUGAGCAUUUCUCAGAAAUGAUGGACGAUGCGAUUGUCUGUAAUAUUGGCCACUUUGAUACUGAAGUCGAUGUUAAGUGGCUCAAUGAGAAUUGUGUCAGUAAAGAAUCAAUCAAACCUCAAGUUGAUCGUUACACAUUAAAAAAUGGAAGGCAUAUUAUUCUACUUGCAGAAGGUCGCCUAGUAAAUCUAGGCUGUGCUCAUGGUCAUCCUAGUUUCGUAAUGUCAAACUCUUUUACAAAUCAGGUACUAGCACAGAUUGAGCUAUGGACAAAACCCGAUCAGUAUCCAGUUGGCGUCCAUUUUCUCCCUAAAAAGUUGGAUGAAGCUGUUGCUGCCGCUCACUUGGAACAGUUAGGUGUCAAACUAACAAAAUUAACCAAAAAGCAAGCUGAUUAUCUGGGUGUACCAGUUGACGGACCAUUCAAGGCGGAACACUAUAGAUAUUAAAUUUAAGUUACUUGAUUUGUAAAAUAUGUCAAUUUAUAUGUAUCAUAAUCUAAUGAACUGUUAUUACUCUAAAAUACAGAUGCGUUGGAAAAAAGUAUUAUUUGUCUAAAAUAGUAAAUCUCCUGAACACAUUAAGAACUUUGUUAAUUGUUUUAUGUGCAUGAAGGUUCACUUCGUAUGUCAGUAAUUUUAGUGUCUAACAUGUAUACAUAGUAACUACUUUUAAGUUUGUUGCACCUAUUUUGUUACAAACUACAUAAUGAUAUCUGCAGUUCCUAUACACCUUUUCAAUAAGUAUUUACCGACUAUAUUGUAUUUACUUUAACUGUAGGAUCAAUUUUCUGUACUCAUUGGUCAUCUUUUAACAGGCAUUUCAGCUUAAAUUUAUUUUCGGGAAUCGAAUACCUAUCAUUACUGAAUAUGGGACCCAACAUAUUCUAUUGAUUGGCUACAGACUGCAAUGUUUUUAUACAAUAAAUCUAACCAUUAGUAAUCAAGAACAUAUAACGGGUAGGUAUUGCGAUCGCACUCAAUUUAAAUAAACAUGAUGAAUGUAUUAUCAGCUCGUCACGAGUCAGGACACUGGUUCAGUAAUAGGACAAAGCUCAUAUUAUGGCAACCGACACCGUUUUGAUCUGCUUGAGCUCCAUUACGUCAGUUUAAGUUACAUGUAACCCAUAUAAGAGCUAAACAAAUAAUACGAAUUUGACUUGAAUGCUGAUCAUUUUCGUAACGUUUCAAUGUUCUUGGGUCAUUACAGUAAAGUCAUAAUUUACAUAGCUUAGUGUGACUACAAUAUAAGUAUUGACUGUGGUGUACUAGGACCUGAUUUCUAUGAUGAACAA